UAUCUGAAAAUGGUGUCAGUACUCUCAUAAAACAUAGUAAAAUCAAGAGAAUUGAGAUUUCCUGAGUUCCACAACUAAGACAGGGAGAAGAUCACAUGGUUAUUUGAUCUGUGUGUUAACUUAAAACCACCAUUAUGAUCUAGAAGUAGACACAGACAAGGCACUAUAUGUAUACAAUUCCAAAGCCAUGUGAAACCUCGGCAACUCAUUAGUCACCAUGGUGAUUACACAGUUUUGUAUUGGUGCAUUAUUGGUCCUUGGAAUUCAGACUUUUGCCCAGUCUUGUCCUGGACCAGGAGAUUUUUAUAUUCACAGAAAUGCCAACAUCUACUGCAAGAAAAUUUACAACUGUCCUCCAGGGCAUGAGAUUAUUCCGUGUAAUAAAACCUGUGCAGAAGAGAGAUGUGUUCCAUGUGCGAAGGGGAAAGCUCAGCCAUUCCUAAGUCACUCGGACCAGCGUAGGGUCUGCUUCAUACCAGAAACCCAGUGUAAUCCCAGAGAUACAAUUCCAAUACAAAAUGGGACAUUUUCCCCAAGCUGUGCAAUGCAGAAAAACUGUGCUUGUAAUAUCAGUAAAUGUUUUUAUGGCAGUCCAUGUAUAUGUGAAAGAAAUUUCUCACCAUGUGGCAUAAAUGAAGAAAUGAAUGCAAAUGGAGAUUGUGUGAAGUGCAGGGAAGGGUAUCAGAAACUCUAUAAAGGUUGUGAUCAGUGUGAGAGAAUCGUCCCCGAGCUACCCUCACCACCGCCUCAGACUAAUACCACAACAGCUUCAAAACCUGACACAGUCAAAACAGAAUCAACUGCCCAGAGCACUAGGGUUAACAUAAAAUAUACAACACGGACCUCACAGAAACCAUAUGUAACGGUGUCACCACCACCAGGAAGUUCACCACAGGGACGCCACACAGAGGAGGGCAGAGAUGAUAAUGGCACCAUUCUCAUUGUAGUUUUUGUUGUGAUUGGAUUAAUCCUGGUUGCCUUGAUUGUAGUUCUGUUAUUAAUGCGUAAAUAUGGAAGACGUCCCUUUAUAGCUAAGAUCUGCAGAGAGAGAGAAGCACCUGAUCAAAGAGGGAACCACGCAAACGGUGAUGUCGGCCGUGAAUUAGAACAUGUUACAGUCCCUGUUGAGACUGAUCUGUCUGGAACCCUUCGUCCAGAACUAAUGCGAUUAGUGUCAUCGGAUCGUAGUGACAGUGGCUACGAACAUCACCCUAGUUUGGAGUCACAGAUUUCCCACAAUUCCCACAUUUCUGUUUCUACCCCAGUCCAGGUUACAGAUGGAGGAGAGGACCUCCAUCCACUUUUGAGGACAGUCAGCCAUGAUCCUGAUGCCUCAAAUUAUAUCGGGACAAAUAGUUCACCUGUUUCGGGAUCACUUGACCCCCCGUCCCUGGGGACCAGCACACUAGACGCACCCAGCACUGUAGGAUCCAUGGCAGUGUCUGAACCCAUUAGGGAGGAAAUCAAUCUAGAUGUGAAGGGAACUAUUCCGACCAAUGAUCCAUGUGUUACGGAGGAGAUUCCCAGCGGCCACGAGGAUAAUGAUGUAAGACUCGGAUGUACUGCUGUGGAAAACGAAGAGGAUACACAAGAAAAGAGUAAAGACUCUUCACAUCUGGACAGUCUACAGAUACAAAAACAACAGAUCAGAUAGUGCUACGGAGCGUUAGAGUUAUCUACCCAAUUCUCUCCUGAAUUAUCAUCUUUAUUCUCACUCUUCACAUCUGGACAGUCUCCAGAUAAAAAAACAACAAAUCAGAUAGUGCUAAGGACUGUUAGAGUUAUCUACCCAAUUCUCUCCUGUAUGAUCAUCUUUAUUCUCCUGUGCAUCUCAUUGUGUUAAGUUUCCUGUCCUCUGUGUACCAGUACUACAGUUCAACACUGUCACAAUUCCUCCAGUCAUUCUUAUAAAGAUUUAUUGUAGGAGGAAUUCCAGAAGAUUACUGAUGCUGUGAUAUGAAGAUGUACAAGUUUCAUAUCUAAUUCAAAGAGAUUUGAAGGAAAUUUAAUCUAAUAGACUUGAACAGAAAUUGUGCCUAGUGAUUUGUACUUAACACAUUAUAAUUUAUAGCUUCGUUACUAUGGAAAUGAAGUGAUUACGUCACAGACAGGUAACAGAAGCUGUUCCUAUGGUUGUAUGAUGUUACGUGUAUGGAAACAGAGCUUAAUAUGUUGGCAUUAUCUUUGAAAACUACUGCUAUCUCACUUCAAAGAUUUUUUUAUAAUCUUUUUGCACACCAGAAUAGAUUUAUUUUUCCAAGGCAUUUCUUUGAAGUUUUAUUUUUCUUAUAUUGCAAUUGCUGAAUUUAGUGAAGUUGUGUAUGUUUGUUUUGUUUUUGUUUUGAACAACUACAUAGUGAAGCUUUCCAUUUUAUCUACUAACUUAGAAAUAAAGAGUAAGAAUCUUAAAUACAAAGUUAACAACAGGUGCUUGUACAUCUGUUUCACUGCUAAUGGAAUUUUAUUUAUUCCCUUACUGAAAAUGCUCAAGCCAAUAUUUCAAAGGUUGUAAUAAACUUUGUAGAUAUUGAGAUGGUAGAAUUUUUUGGAUUAAUAUACAACAAUAUACAUGUACGUAAGUAAGUAUGUUAGUAGUACGAUGUUCUGCGUGAGGUGAAAGGACUUACCAGUGGUGAGCGUGUAUGACUUACCAGUGGUGAGCAUGUAUAAUUGUGAAACCUAUCAGUGUCUGAUAUAGAAUCUCUCCCUACAAUCAACUUAAGUCCCUUUUCAUCAUAUUUAGGAAGACAAAUCAUUCAUUACAGCAUCACAUUCAUUUGUGUAUCAUUUAAUAAAGAAAGUUGCUCAUUUUUUAUGUAGAAGUACUCUAAUAUAUCCAUUUUUCUGAAACCUGCAAGAAAAACGUGCCAUAUGUACAUGUAUUCAUAAAAUUCUAUGAGAUUUUAUUUCCUUGAAAUUUACAGAGUGGUUUGAUGUUGUCAUACAAUUUCACGUAAGAGUUAAGACUUUAAGACUUGUCUCUUUGGAAAAAAACCAGAGUUUAGCAUUUCUUGUAAGUUCUAAAAAUUGUAAAUGUUAAUAUAGGUCACUCUGUCCAGAUUGUGUGUACAAGUUGAAUGUGAAACAGAAAUUUGAAAGAGGUUUCUACAUUUGUUACUGCACUGACAAAUUUCUGUCCAAAAGAACAUUCUAUAUUUUUUCAAAAGUAACAUGUGCGAAAUUUACAACACCAGGUAGUCUGUUUUGCUUGAUUGUGGAGAGGUGUAUUGUUCAGUGCUAUCAGCACAAGUUUUUAAAACGAAAAAUCCCUUGUCUAGCAUAAUGAUUUAUUGUAACACCUGUCCAACUUUCAGCAAUGUUUGUAUCUUUAAUCUAAGAUGUUUUAACUGUAAAAUACUUUGGUAUAACUGUAUUAGGAAAAUCGUAGGCAUUCCCCAGGGUAAUUGGUAUAUAAAAAUAUAUUAACUAUACUAUAUAAUAAAUAUAACAUUUAUAGUAUAGAAGAUUUAUUUUUACUUCUCAAUUAAGCUAAGGAGUACCUAUGAGGAAAAUGAGAACUGAAAUAUGCCUGGGGAUUGCUGUAAUUGUCAAAACACAAAGUUGCCAUAGAUAAUAGGCACUCUAUGUUUGCACCAAACUUUUUUUUCACAUGUAUAGUUUUGGCAGCAAUGAGUUGUAUGUGUAUAGGGAACUUUAAAAUAUGAAGCAAUAGAGAUAUUUUUAUAGCAAUGUUAUGGUCAGUGUCUUAAUAAUGUUGUUGUUGAAAACAAGUGUAUAAGGUAUGAAAAAUAUGUUUGAACUACUUUCCAUGUACUUGUAUUUUUUACUAAUUUUUCUUUGAAACAAUUCAAGAGGCAUUUUCAAAAAAUGCAAAGGACAUUAAUUAAAUAAUUAUAUAAAGUUGAGCCUUAGUAAUCCAGAUACUGCAUCUUCCAGACGAAAUUUGUUGGAACAGCGUCAUUUUAAAGGUCAGAUAUAGAUACAUAUAAGACACUUCAUUAAUCCAACAAUUUGUUUGGGAACACAAGCAAGGCUCAACUGUAGUUGUGUUUAAAAUCAUGUUUAUAUUAAGAAAAUUCUUCAGAUGGCAAUAACAUAUCUAAAAUGGCAUUAAUAUUGAAAAUUGAAAUUAUAUUGCGAUGAAUUGAAAACAUUAAGUUUUUAGCUUGUAUGUUUUAAAAUUUUAAAAGCAUAAUUUUUAUAAUGACUUUUUUGUACUAUAAUCUCUAAGAGGGAGAAGUGAAUGGGAAUCGAUUCUUGUUACACUGAAUACUUGUGGGAUGUAGUUUGUAUUGUGAACAGUUCUUUAUAAUUCUACAUGUAUCAGUUGAGUGUGAUUCUCCAUGCUUUGUAGGUGAUGAAUUUCUUUUUUUUUUAUGUUUGUUGAUAUAUAACCAUGACAUUUGUUUAGUUUUAACAAAUGAUAUAGGAAAAGAGUGAAUGUGUUUUUAACAUUGAAGUUAAGUAGUUGUUAUGUGCUUUAAACAGAUAUAUAUAUAUAUAUAUAUUAUAGGUUGCAGUAUAUUAUAUAAUAUGCAAUCGUGCUUAUCUUCAGAAUUUAUCAUGAGUAUAUUAUCUAUGUUCACUUGAUAAAGUAUUGCAAUUAAUUCAUUUGUAUACAAAAUUAAUUUGAAAAGAUUUUUAAGUAAAAAAUAUAUUUUUGUUUUCAUGAAAAGGCUUGAUGUCAUUUUGGAUUAAGAAACUCUAGGAAAAAAUACCGGUGUCAUUCAUUUGAAUAGAAAAAUAACUUGAGUUAAUUCAUUUCAUUUGAAAGUAAUGUCUGCAAACCACUGCAAUCUUGUAUUUUUCAUUUGCUUCAGUAGAUAUUAUACCAUGUGACAUAAUUAAAAUGACAGAAAGAGA